AUGAAUCCAACACUAAGUCCUGCCGGAUCCGCUAGCAGCGACGCGCCAAAAGGGAAGAAGCCAUCCGCGUUCUCCUUGAGGGACAGAAACGGAGAACCGACAAAUGACCCAACAGUGGUAUCUGAAGUUUACAGAGAAAACUAUGCGCCGCUGCUGGAGUGCGCCAACCAAGUUGUCUGGUCAGGACUCACGAAAGACGUUACCCUCAUCGAGCGUGUCCAGAGGGCCGCUACGAGAACGGUUACCGGCCUCAAAUCCGUUGACUACUAUACGCGUUUCGCGAUGCUUGAUCUCUUUCCCCUGUGGUGCCGUCGCCUCCGAGGGGACUUAAUUCUCAAUUAUGCCCUGUUUGAACAAAGCUUGGCAAACAUGUUUUCUACCGUUGACCCAGCAAACACACGGCGGGGACAUAGUAAGAAAAUUUUAAAGCUCAGAGCACACGCAUUCAUCAGACAAAAUGUUUCUCAUUUCGGGUAG